CUCUGCCCGGGCUGCUGUGCCAGGCUCAGUGGGCUCAGCGCUAAAACAGAGGGCGGCUCAGCCUUCCACAACUUGUUAGGACUCACUUUCCCCAUCUGUCACUUACCGAGCUAAACGAUAUAACCUUAUUAUAUAGAAGCUUUAGCAAUAAAACAAACGCAAUGAAACGAAAGCAGCCAAUUCGAUUUCGUGUUUCCCCACACAGACCUUGGCCGAACCUGCUGCCAUGAUACUGUAUAUAAAUAUAUAUAUGACUGUAUUAUGCUUGCAGCAGGGCAUGGAGGUUGCUGUGUGAUUAGUGGCAUGAGCAGCAUCCUUGCCUUCCCUCCCAUCCCCCCAGCUGUGCCUCCCUGUACUACAAGGUUUGUUUUGGAUGAUAAAUCGCAGCCUGUCCCGGGAGACUGAGGUGUGGCAGGGCAUAUUCGGGUCACAGCCAGAUGCCAUUUUUGUAUUUCCGCCCCUUCCAAUUUCUGCGCACAGUUGCAAAGUAACAGCCGGGGGUCACUUUGCUGGUCCAAAGGACUCACACGGUGUCCUUGAUUGUCAUUCGCCGGGAUCUCCUUCCUCCCUUGCCCCUGCCCAUCUGGGGGAUAGUAAUGGAUGGGAUGUGCAGGUCCACCUCCUAUUUGUGCUGCUAGAUUGGAUAUUCAGGGCAGCAUCCUGAGCUGGGAGCCAAUGGGUUGCUAGAGUCAGGCUAUGCCCCGCCUUCUCACUGGAGGGAUGCCGGAGAGGCUGCAGUGUGUGAUGCUCCAGUCCUAACAAUCUAGUGUCAUCUCAUCCCAGUCUCCCCUGUACCGAGAGCACAAACUUGGGCACAUGAGCCAUUGUUGCUGGGUGAGCGGAGCCGUGCCACCCUGUGUAUAGGUACAGUGGGGAAUAAGGAUCAGCUGAAAGACUGUGCACAUUGCCCAUCUCCUGUCACUGCACAUAGGGGUCUGUGCUGCAGCUUCUCCAUAUGUGAGGAAAGAAGAGAGGGACCACUUCUAGGCUACGAGGCAGCAAGACUAAAGGAAAGAUAGCUCUUUGCCAGUGAACUGGACCUAUUUGAUAACUUGAAAGAGAGAUGUUUGUGCUCCUAGAGUCUACAGACACUUUGUAAGGCAGAGGGCAAAGAAGUGGUUUCCAAUAACACUGGUAGAAGAAAAAUAAAGCAGAGAAAUUGAACAGCGAUAGAUUAAAAAAAGACACAGACCAUCUAUAAGGAGCAAGAGCCCUUCUCCAAAGGAGUUUACUGUGAUAACAAGACUGCUUUAAGGUCUUUGGGGCCAACAUGAAAUUAAGUGAAAGUCGCCGGGAGGUGUUGGAAGAACUACAAACAACUGUAGCUGCACCUGCAUUGCCGAACAAUGCCACUGAAACCGUCGCACCUGGAGGAGGCAAAGAUAAUCACUUUUCUAAGCUGCGAGAAAAGUUCAUGAAUGAACUGAAUAAAAUUCCAUUGCCACCAUGGGCCUUAAUAGCAAUAGCCAUAGUUGCAGUACUUCUCAUUCUUACCUGCUGCUUUUGCGUCUGCAAGAAAUGUUUAUUCAAAAAGAAGAACAAGAAGAAGGGUAAAGAAAAGGGAGGAAAGAAUGCUAUUAAUAUGAAAGAUGUAAAAGAUUUAGGAAAGACAAUGAAAGAUCAGGCCUUAAAGGAUGAUGAUGAUGAUGCAGAAACUGGUUUGACUGAUGGAGAAGACAAAGAGCAACCCAAAGAAGUGGAAAAGCUAGGGAAGCUUCAGUAUUCACUGGAUUAUGAUUUCCAAAACAAUCAGCUGAUGGUUGGGAUAAUUCAAGCUGCUGAGCUUCCUGCUUUAGAUAUGGGAGGUACUUCAGAUCCAUAUGUGAAAUUGUUCUUGAUGCCAGAUAAAAAGAAGAAAUUUGAAACAAAGGUCCACAGAAAAACCCUUAAUCCUGUCUUCAAUGAACAGUUCACUUUCAAGGUGCCCUAUGCUGAACUGGGAGGAAAAACAUUGGUUUUGACAGUGUACGACUUUGAUCGUUUUUCCAAGCAUGACGUUAUCGGGGAUGUAAAAGUUCCCAUGAACACAGUGGAUUUUGGUCAUGUGACUGAAGAAUGGCGGGAUUUAGUUAGUGCUGAAAAAGAAGAGCAAGAAAAACUGGGUGACAUCUGCUUUUCCCUCCGCUACGUACCUACGGCUGGCAAGCUAACAGUUGUUAUUCUCGAGGCAAAGAACCUAAAGAAGAUGGAUGUUGGUGGUUUAUCAGAUCCUUAUGUGAAAAUUCACCUAAUGCAGAAUGGCAAGAGACUGAAGAAAAAGAAGACAACAAUCAAAAAGAAUACCCUCAAUCCAUAUUACAAUGAAUCUUUUAGCUUUGAAGUACCAUUUGAACAAAUACAGAAAGUCCAAGUUGUCGUCACUGUUUUGGACUAUGACAAGAUUGGAAAAAAUGAUGCUAUUGGAAAAGUGUUUGUGGGCUACAACAGCACAGGUGCGGAGCUCCGACAUUGGUCAGAUAUGCUGGCCAAUCCAAGACGACCAAUUGCACAAUGGCACACCUUAACACCUGAAGAAGAGGUGGAUGCAAUGCUUGGAGUCAAGAAAUGAAGAACAAAACAGUCCUUUCUGCAGUUGCCCACAUAGUGCUCUUUAGCCAGUAUAUGUAAAUACCUCAGUAGUAUGGGUCGUCUCAUGUCUUACCAUACAUUCCUUUUCCAGAUCAUACAUUCCUAGCCAUUUUUCUUUGCACAAAUUGAAAUGUCCUUACUUCCCUCAAGAAUGACAUAAUGUGUAUCCCACAAAUGCCCUCUUAAUCUUCUUUUAAGCAAUAUUAUGUGUAGAUAGAGCAUGACUCAAUUUAUUAUCACACUCCUGUAUAUACCAGUAUGCCAACAUUUAUUUCUAGUCUGUGUAUUUGUAUGUUGUAAGCGUUUCUUAAUAUGUGUAUACUUAGAUGUUUUUAAUAAGAUGUUCUAUUUUAAAUUAUGUAAAUUGACUAAAUAGAAAAGAGUAAAUAAUAUAUUACAGGUUAUCUAUUGUAUCGUCCGCAUUCCAGAAGAAAUUCCAACUUGUAAGGCACUAGUACAGUUGCACUGACGUCUUAAAGGACAACUUAAAUCUGAGCUCCACCAGGUACAUUAGAUUUGUAGAGAUGCAUACAUUCCUCAUUAUGAGUAAAAUGGUUCACGUUUGUAGAGUUCUGUCAGAAGCAACCAAUCAGAUGUGAGCAGCUCUGUCGGCAGCGGGCCCUCAGUCCAACAUAGCCACUAGUUGCCACGUAUAUGGCAAAUGUAUAUAAGUGUUAACUUAAAUGCUCAAAUAUGUAUUUUUAGAGUUGAGGAAGAGAGGGGUAGUAAAGGGGAAUAAACCUUUAAUAAUAUACAUAAUAAAUGGAAAGGGGGAGAGGGGUUUCCAGCUUUUCUCUCUGUGUCACAUGUAAGACAACAGUCACCUUUCAUUACACAGUCAUCUCUGUAAAUUUUAGCUUUCAGUAUAAUGUAUGUCUCGUGAUUUGUCUGUGUAAAUCCACAUGUUUUAUGUACGUGGGUAUGUUGUACUUUGGGGUACAAAAUACCACUUGUGAGGCAUACUGAGCUAGCAAAGCAUUGUGCAAUUAUUACACGCAUACCAUUUUCAUAGUUGACAAACAGUAUUGUGACCCAAUAUAUAAAGACGAAACUGACUUAGCCAUAAUUCUGAAUGCACUUCAAGUAAAGCCAAAACAGCUAGUGAACUUUUUUUAUAUACUAUUUGUAUAAAGAGUUUUAAUUUGUCCUUUAAAAAUGGUAUAAACAAAGAACAAGUGCUAGCAUACUGGAGCACCCUCUUGUGUAUACUAGAUGCUUAUUUCAGGAGGAGUUUUUAAAUGUUUUCAAUGUUAUUAUGUAGUAAAUGGCACUAUUAUGAAGCUAUUAGUCAUUCCAUAAGGCUCUUCAUCCAUUGGGUGUCAGAGUGAGAUCCAACCCGGAGAAUCCCAAAUGAAUUGGGUACCAUCAUGGCAUACAAUGGAUUUAAGGACUGCUCUGUGUAUCACUGUGACUGCCGUGUGUGCUUAGAUAAAACGUAGUUCUCUCAGUGAAUAGCAAUCAAUUCUUUAGUGAUAUUGUACUGAUAUACUGCCAUCUCUUUCUACUGCACUGCUGAAGGAGAGCAUAGCACAAACAGGUUACUAUGGACCAAUUUGAAUCUGGGAGCUAUGCUGGAACUUGGAUAGAAAAUAGGUAGAUCACACAGCAUUUUUAGCACUGUGCAAUGUAGUCCAACAAUUCCCUCUAUUAUGAGAAUCCAGUUGUAGGGUCAUACAGUUCAUGUAUGGCCCAGAAUAUCCAUAUCAUGUGUUGGUCAGACCUUUAGCAGCACCAGAAAUUUUAACCAUGAAGAAUGUUUAUCUGUAUAUGUAAUUAUUAUUUCAAUGACGCUGUUAAAAUGAGCAACAAACAAGGGCAUUAUACUCCCAAGUUACUGUAUGUAGAGUCGACAUAUCUUGUUGUAUCAAAAUCAGUAAACCAGUAACUUUGCCAGUGUUCAUAAAUUGGAAAUGUUCAAUAAAACAAAUGUUUGUAAAAAAAGUUCAUAAAUGUUAUUCUAGCAGCAACUGUUAUAACUGGAUCUUUGUCAAGGAUGGACUCAUGCCAAGCUCUAAUAGCAUUAUUAGCCCCUGGUAUCUCCAGCCCUCUAGGGCACAAGUAAUGUAGAACACAGGCAGCUUAAUCUGAAAUAGUGGGGUGAAAUGAAUAUACAUUGUAACUGACCCAAAUGCAUCAUACUAUUUCAGAUUAUGUUUCCCUCUCUCACUAUAUAUGUGUGUGAAUAACAUGCACAAAAUGCAGGUCCCAGCUGCUGGAGAUGCAUUUAUGCGAUUUUUUAAACAUGCCAAAUACAUGCCAAAUAUUUUGUAACAUUCCUCUUUAAAUUGGAGUAUUUAGGUAUAACACAUUGUGGCGAUGUGGUGCAGAAAUCUCUACAACCCCCCAUUUUUUUCCUUCUUCUAUUUGCAUUUGAAAUGGAGAAAUUAAAGUUGGCCAUACAUUAGCUGACAGAUCCCACGAGCAUGUGCACCCAGACCACACGUAUAUAUUGGUGAGCUUUUCUACUUAUAACUGUGAACAUACACCAAAAAUUCCCCCUUUUUUCUCUUUCCCCUGUUUUUGCCAUUCUGGGCCAACGUUCUUAGCAAUCAGAACUGCAGGAAGUAAAGUGGAACUAUCAAUGUGUUAUACACCUAUCAACUUGAGUAAUUGGCAGAUACUGGACAGAUCAACCACAAUCCAAAAGGAUCACAUGAUGUUGUGUCUAUCCUGUCCCUUAACCAGCUAUACUUGUCCAGACGGCAGGGCAGCAUGGUCAAUAUCAGGUAAACUUCCCAACCUAAUCUGGGCAUGUAAGACUAGACUAAUGAAGUACACCCAUGGGGUCAGGUGCAAAGUGCAAAACAACAGGCAAAAUCUGGCUAUGCAUUUUGUACUUUGCUUUAUGCUCUGCACCUUAAAACACUGAUGCAGGUCUCUGCCCUUCUAAACAGAGUACAUAGACUGCAUUUGUGAGCUCUCUAUUUAUGGGGGUUAGGGGGAGGCACGUAAGCCCCUUAGUGCACUUGUGUCCAGAGUAUCUGUACCAUGACCACUUUAAUGAAGGGUUGCACAGAUUUUAGCACCGCUUGACACAAUUCAUUAUUAUUAUCCCUUAGAAUCACUAUUUAAAGUUGAAUGUUAUGUGCUACACUGCUUUUUGCCCGGUAUAAUUUAUUCUCUAUAAUGAAAAGCCACAUCUACCUUUUGGACAACGCUGUGUAAAGUCUUAGAAUCUGAUGCUGUAGAAAUCCUAGUUGCCUUUGUGUAUACUUACUGCCUGCUUGAGUGUUUUUAUGUGUGAGUUUUUCUCUUGUAUCUCGUAGAAACGUUCAGGUGUUUACUCUUGCCAUAAUGCUCGUGUCCCACGGGCUGACAACGUUUGCUGUGUAUACCUUCAUUUUUGAUGAAGUGGUUACAAUUUAGUUUCACUUUGUGUAGUGAAUCCCACUGUAGAGUUUUCUGAUUGUUGUUAAAAAAUCUAAACAUAUUCAACAAAUAUUCAAUAAAAAUAUUUUAUUUCCGG